AUGUCUGAUCACCAGCCUGCGAAAGAGAUCAACUUCUGGGGAGAGACUUCGGAGGAAGACUUCUUCAAUCUCAAAGGCAUCAUCGGCUCCAAAUCUUUCUUCACUUCCCCUCGAGGAAUCAACCUCUUCACUCGUUCAUGGCUUCCUCCCUCUUCCUCUCCGCCACGUGGCCUCAUCUUCAUGGUCCAUGGCUACGGCAAUGACGUCAGCUGGACUUUCCAAGCCACUCCCAUCUUCCUCGCCCAGAUGGGUUUCGCCUGCUUCGCUCUCGACAUCGAAGGCCACGGCCGAUCCGACGGCGUCCGCGCCUACGUUCCCUCCGUGGAUCUCGUCGUCAAUGACAUCAUCUCCUUCUUCGGUUCGAUCAAGCAGAAACCAGAGUUUCAGGGGUUGCCUCGGUUUCUCUUCGGGGAAUCAAUGGGCGGCGCGAUUUGUCUUCUGAUCCAUUUCGCAGAUCCGUUAGGGUUCGACGGAGCGGUUCUUGUCGCUCCCAUGUGUAAAAUCUCCGACAAGGUGAGGCCUAAAUGGCCGAUCGAUCAGUUUCUGAUUAUGAUCUCCAGAUUCCUACCUACGUGGGCGAUUGUUCCGACGGAGGAUCUGUUGGAGAAAUCGAUCAAAGUGGAAGAGAAGAAACCGAUCGCCAAGAGGAACCCGAUGAGGUACAGCGAGAAGCCGAGGCUGGGCACAGUGAUGGAGCUACUUAGGGUUACGGAUUACUUAGGGAAGAAGCUAAAAGACGUGAGCAUUCCCUUCAUUGUGUUGCACGGAAGUGCAGAUGCUGUCACUGAUCCUGAGGUGAGCAGAGAAUUGCACGAAGACGCCAAGAGCAAAGACAAGACCUUGAAGAUCUACGAAGGGAUGAUGCACUCGAUGCUGUUCGGUGAACCCGAUGACAACAUUGAGAUUGUUCGUAAGGAUAUUGUUAGCUGGUUGAAUGAUAGAUGCGGUGGAGACAAAACCCAUGUUUGA